UUGAACCCUAUAUAAUCCUUUUCCUCUUGUUAUUUUCUUCACAAUCACUUUCUCUCCAAUUUCCCUCAGAUCUUCGUGAAUGGUAGAAACCCUUUUCCCCUUCGAUUUCAUGCGCUCCCUUUCACCUUCAACAACGGCGAGCGUUCUCCUUCCUUCCCUUUUCCCUUUCGCUUCUUGCAUGCAAGGUUGGCAUUAUCGCUGCCUCGGUCUCGACCCCUAAUUCAUCCAAACCCUAACCCUAAUUUUCAACAAUUUUCCUCAUUCUUUCAUAAAAUUCAAUUUUUUUUUACAUAAUUCAUCAUUCCAUUGCCUCAAUUGCGUUUUUAGAUUCUUGGGUAUAUACAAUUCGUUUGUUUUUUGAUUUUGUGAAUUGCGUCAAUUGAACACGAUGUUGUUGAGCAAGCAGAAGAAGAAUCAGAAUGCGAAUAAUGCUAAGAGGAGGUUGUUGAUUAGCAUCAAUGUGCUUGGAAGUGCUGGGCCGAUUCGAUUUGUUGUGAACGAGGAAGAGCUUGUUGAGGCUGUUAUUGAUACGACGCUGAAGUCUUAUGCACGUGAAGGGAGAUUACCUGUCUUGGGGAAUGAUCACAGUGCUUUCUUUCUCUAUUGUCCUCAUCUUGGAUCUGAUGCCGCUUUGAGUCCUUGGGAUAAAAUCGGAUCACAUGGAGCUCGAAAUUUCGUGCUAUGCAAGAAGCCACAGGCGGCUACAAAUGAGGCAGCUGCUGAAGAUGGAAGUGGGACUUCAUCACUUCCACGCAGGGGAAGUGGUAGUUGGAAGUCUUGGUUCAACCUCAACCUUAAAGUUUCUUCCCAUUAAUCGAUCAAAUUGAGAUUGUGGGGAAUCAAACAUUUGCUACAAUGCUUUAUAUAAUUGUUUGGUUUUUUUUUUUUAAUGAUCCAUCUUGGUUGUGUUUGUGUCUAGGCUGUCUCUGUUCACAUUAGCCAGAGACAACUUUGAAUUCUGGCAAGAAUAAAGUAUUUCUGAUUUUUUAUGUAUUUGGUGAUAAGCCAUUUAACUUUUGAUGGAAUACAAUUGAAUUGAUGUUUUGCAUUUUGCCAAUUUUUGGCUUGAAGCUUUCUUAUUAUAUAUCUGGAUGUUGUG